UAUACGGUGUAUAUAGUGUGGGGGCUCCUUGUACAUAGUGUAUACAGUGUGAGGGGUCCCUGUACACGAUGUAUACAGUGUGGAGGUUCCUUGUACACCGUGUAUGCAGUGUGGGUCUCUGUGUAUACGGUGUAUAUAGUGUGGGUGAUCCUUGUACACGGUGUAUACAGUGUGGGGUUUCCUUGUAUACAGAGUGUCCUCUUUCCUUCCUUCCUUCCUUUCAUUAUGUCUGUUCAACCUGAUCUAUCCUUUUCCCUCGCUCUGUCAUUAUGUCUCUCUCUCUUGUGCUGUCUCUUUGUGCUUCCUUCCUGUUCACUUUCCCCAUUCUGUUCCAGCUCUUUGCUUUCCUCCUCCUCUCCGUUUCUCUUUUUUUUCCCAUUCUGCUCAUCUCUUUCCUUGUUAUAUUUUCUCUCUUCCACCAUUUGUCUUUCUCUUGCCCAGUCUUCCUCUCUCACUUGAUAACUCUAUCCGUUCCUUGUAUUCUCUCUCUCUCUCUCUCUGACUCUCACUCCCAAUGGUAUUUACUGUUGCUAUGUUCUUCUCGAUCUGCAGCUCCCGAGGUUCACAUCUGUCAUCAGAUGCCGCAGAUCUGUGGGCCGGGACGCUGUGUGAUACGGCAGCUUGGUUACACAUGUGCGUGUAACACUGGUUUCCAGUUGAACACCGAACGUUCACGUUGUGUUGAUACUGACGAAUGUAAAGUGAGACCUCGGCCCUGCCUCAAUGGUCACUGUGUGAACACAGUCGGCAGUUUCCAUUGUGCCUGUUCCAAGGGGUUUUCAGCCAAUUCUCACGGGACGGAUUGUGUGGAUAUUGAUGAGUGUCUGGAUAUUUCCACCUGUCCAAAUGCAGAGUGUGUGAAUUCAGUGGGGUCAUACCGCUGUCUGCCCUGUCCAAAUGGCUACAGAAUCCGGAAUCGCAAGUGUUCAGAUAUUGACGAGUGUGCAAAUGCUGCACCGUGUGGGAAUUCUGGAAGAUGUGUCAACACUGAGGGCUCGUACCAAUGUGACUGUAACCCUGGAUAUCGGCAAAGUGCUGACGGCAAUCGAUGUGCAGAUAUCAAUGAAUGUUUUGAGGGAGAUUUCUGUGCUCCAUAUGGGGAAUGUUUGAAUAGUGUUGGAUCCUACACCUGUCUCUGUGCUGAGGGAUUCACUACAUCUGCUGAUCUCUCCACCUGUCUCGAUGUUAAUGAGUGUACACGGCCAGGUGUCUGUGAUCGUGGGAGCUGCACCAAUACAGUUGGGUCAUUUGAAUGUGUGUGUGAGCCUGGAUUCCUAGUUGAUGAAGAUCGAUCCCAGUGUUUUGAUCUUGAUGAGUGUGUUGAAUAUCCAACCAUCUGUGGUAGCAAGCGAUGUGAGAAUACUGCUGGCUCCUUCCUGUGUAUCACUGACUGUAGUGAAGGAUUUGAGCUCAGUCCUGCUCAGGACUGCAUUGAUAUCGAUGAGUGUGUCAAUGCCACGAUCUGUGGGUUGAAUGCGUAUUGUCAGAAUGCGGCUGGUUCCUAUCAGUGUCACUGUGACCAGGGUUACCAGAUGACAUCAGAUGGCUCACGGUGUGUGGGUAAGUCACUGACAGUAAAUGGGAGUGCCUGACUCGUUCCAGCUGUGACUGACAGUGUGGACAGUGCAGGGUGGGUGGUCAAUGGUGUGGGC